AUGUACUUUCUUCUUGGUUGGCUCCCCAAAAACACCAUCGGAUACGAGUUUGCGCAAGUGACAUACAUUCCUGCCAACCUCCUCUUUUGUGGCCUUUGGUUUUUCGAGGCUUCCCUUUGGAUGAUAUUUGAUGAAGAUGAGCCAGCCUGGCACAAACUGGGAGAGGUUGUGUUGUCAGUGUUCUUUGUCCUUGAUGGUAUUAUGUGGGUCUAUGGAUGGCUUUUCCUGGAAGAGCCCCUGGCCAACAAGGAGCUUUUGAUAUACACGGCCAUUGAUUUUGCCAUAUACUUGUUCUACUUAGUCCUCGCCAUCCGCGCCGAAGCAAAGGCUACCCACGAGGCAUUGCUGGCCCAGCAAAAAGCACAAGAUUUGGAAGCUGCCGCUGCAGCCGGCAAUGUUUUGCCACCAUCCGACCAGCCACAAGAAACUGAAACGGACUUUAAGCUCAUGACAUGA